AUGGUCGAAAAUAUCUUCAAAAACGUACCCGAUGUGGUCUAUGCAUACCAUUUGCUGCCCCUUCCUAUCCUGAAGGCGGAUUUCUUUCGAUACCUCAUCCUGUUGCACGAGGGUGGAACUUACACCGACAUCGAUACCGAGGCUCUGAAGCCCAUCAAGACAUGGACAAAACAUGGAGCUCGACAGCUCAAUACAAACGUUAGCAUCGUCAUUGGCGUCGAGGCUGAUCCAGAUCGAGAAGACUGGCGGCAGUGGUAUGCCCGGAGACUCCAAUUCUGUCAAUGGACUAUUCACUCCAAACCAGGACAUCCAAUUCUGGUGGAAGUUGUAGCUCGCAUCACCGAGUUGACAUUGGCGAUGCAUCGUGAAGGCCGUCUCAGCGCGGCCGAGUCUAUGGAUGAGAUCCUCAAUCACACAGGACCAGGAAUCUGGACCGACGCCAUUUUCGCAUAUUUCAAUAUUGCUCCCCGACAGGGACCUAUCAACAAUAACACAUUCUUCAACUUGCGCGAACCCAAGGUUGUAGACGAUGUGCUGGUUCUGCCCAUCACCAGUUUCAGUCCUGGAAUGGGCUUUCCGGGGUCUGAAGCGACAGAUCAUCCAUUGGCAUAUGUUCGACACGCAUUCGGAGGUUCUUGGAGAACGAAAAUCGAAGAGUGA